GGCGCCCGACGUCAGCUGCGAUCAUGCCGCAUGAGAACGUGGUCAAACUGCCGCUCGAACUCACCCAUGUUUGAUAAUACUUGUUCGUUUGGACUAUGGUCUGAUGUUCACGCACGGCGACAGUUAGAUGUAACUACACUCACCGAAGGUUCUCUCAACCACACACCGAUGCCAGUUUUAAAGCCAGUUCUAGUAUUAGGUGCCAGUUCUUUUUAAUUUUUAAGUUUCGCUUUGCCCCUCGUCAUAUCUACUUUUCGCUUAGGAUAUCUGCUCUUACACGAAGAUCGAUUGGUCCUCGUCAGUUCGUCGAAGUUCUGCAUUUUUUUUUACCCAAGGGUGAAUUAACGCUAAAGGAACAUUUCAAAGUCGUGAACGGUUAGAAAUAACAACGAACAAAACGGUGGUGAUUCGGUAUAAAAAAAUAAUCGUAUCGGGAAAUUGUGUCGUAACCGCGAGUCAAGUGUUCGAGACUCAAAAAAGAAGAUUCCGAAGGACUCUGUUUUGGCGCUGAUAGGAGGAAGAAAGAGACAUUUUCAUGGUUUUCAUGGACGAAUGUCGGACCGACAUCAACAGGUGGAUCGGGGCCCCUCGACCAGGAGUCCCGAUGUCACCAACUGCCCCAGAGGCAGAAGGGCCCCCGGUCCAGAUGGAGCCCGUAGAUCUAAGUGUUAAGACGCCAGUAGUGCUACAAGUACCUAAAUAUCCACCACAGAGGUUGCGGAACCCUCCGCCGUCGGGAAAGAUUCAACAACCACCAGAUAUUCCUAAAUGCAAUGUGAUAAGCCACCAAGAUAUCAGCCUGUCCUUAUCAGACCCUACACGAUCUCUCACAUCCACAGCAGCACUAUUAGCCCUACAGAGGAUAAAAGAUGCAUCCUUAUCGAUUUCCAGAACGCCGAUGUUGGACUCGUUACCGAGCAAGUCGAACGCACACAAUAACAACAACAUCUACGACGACAGCAGAGGUCCGGAUGUGACGAUACGCAGGAGAAAAAUCCAUAGGUGCGACGUGGCGGGUUGCCACAAGGUGUACACGAAAAGUUCUCAUCUAAAAGCGCACAAAAGGACACACACGGGAGAGAAGCCGUACCAGUGUUCCUGGGAGGGCUGCACUUGGAAGUUCGCCAGAUCGGACGAGCUGACCAGGCACUACAGAAAACACACCGGCCAGAAGCCGUUCAGCUGCAACCUAUGCCAGAGGUCGUUCAGCAGAUCGGACCACCUCUCGCUGCACAUGAAAAGACACUAAUCUUAAAGAGUAAUUAUGAAACCUUAGCGAAUUUUUUUAACAAAAAUUUUAGGUAAUUGUAUCGAUAUCUAUGCGGUAAAACGCGUUUAUUCCAGGAAAAAAGUAACUAGGAGAUCGUAUUUUAAAAUAGUUCCACUAAAUUUCCUAAAACGAAGCUGAAAUAACGUCGACGAAAACCGUUGAUGAGGAAAACUAUUGCGGAACUGAUUCCAAAAGGUGCUAAAUUCGUGUAAAAAUAACAACCAAUUUUUACUUUCAUGCAUUUCAGUGGUGAAAAAAAAAAUCUCUACUCUUUCCAUCAAGUUCCAUACCUUUACGCGUCUUUUUGCUCUGUUGGGAAUUCUCCUACUCGACCCUUUUUAGCAAUAUUACGUUCUUAUCUAUAUCCACAUCAUGUUUAUUUUCGAAUAUUUUUAAAUUUUUAAAUUCACCGAAGAAUGGAACACCCUGUACGUUCUCUAUAUCUUUAUCAUCCGUCGUUACCUGUUUCGAAAUCGGCGAAAUAGCACUGCUUUGUUAGAAAUCUAUUUAUAUAACAAUAACCAAUAGUCAACCAUGUGGUCCAUCUAUUAAUAAAAGUUUGAGUGACAGACUUAAAACUUUUUUGGUAGGCACUAAUUGCUUGGUACCACAACGACCGUGACUAAAAAUAAAUUGUCGAUAUAACUGCGGAAAAUUGUAGCAAAUCGUCGAUUUAAAGUGCAUGCGCGUAUACAGUUGUCAGUUUAAAGUGCAUGUGCGCAUACAUUGUCAGUUUAAUGUGCCAUUUUCAACUAACAUCAAGUUGGCAGGUUGAUAUUAAGUUUAAUUCAGAUGAACGUAAAUUUCAUCAUAUGUAGCAGUUUAAAGUGCUAUUGCAGAUAAAUGCCGAUUUAAGGCGGUAACUUCACAUAAAUGUCAAUGUAAAAUUGUACAUAAUUAUCACUUUAAAGUGCAGUAUAAUUUUCGUUUCGGAGGCGUAACUGAAAGUGCAAGUUUCACAUAAGUGUCUAUUUAAAGUGGCAAUAUGGCACUUUAAAUCCUUAUUUGUGUAUUACUGUCAUUUUGGUGAGGCAUUUUUUGUAUUCCAUUUCAUAUUGCUAUGUGCCAAAUUAAACUGUUUAUGGAGACAGUUAAACGUCAAAGUCCGUUUAAAGUGACAUGUAUAUAUAACAUUCAGUUUAAAGUGGUAAUAUAAGUAUUGCCCGUUAAACUAGCAUGUGUGUAAUUACAUUUUAUUGUAGUUUUUUAUAUCAUUUGCAGCUUAAAUUGGCAUGGCAUAAUACAUUAUUUAGAAACAGUUUUACACUCGCUUAAAGUGGCCACUUUAAACUGGUAUUUGCUUGUAAAUGUCAUUUUAAAGAAAUUAUUCAAUAUCAACGUCUAUUUAAAAUCAUAAUAGUACGUAUUUUGUAUAGUUUUCACUUUAUAGUGAUGUACCGUAAUAAAUUAAUUAAAGAUGCAAUUCAACAACAACUCCUGUUUAAAGUGCAUAUACAUAUACAGUUUGUCAGUUUAAAGUAUCAUUUUAAUUAAUGUUGGCAGGUUGAUAUAAAGUUUUAAUCAAACGAACGUAAAUUCCAUUAUAUAUAGCACUUUAAAGUGCUAUUGUAGAUAAAUGUCAAUUUAAAGUGCCAACUUUACAUAUGUGUCAAUGUAAAGUUGUAUAGUAGCAUGUAUUUAACUGUCACUUUGAACUGCCAGUAUAAUUUUCAUCUCAAUACCUUAGUUAAAGUGCAAAUUUUACAUAAGUGUCGUUUUAAAGUGUCCAUAUGGCACUUUAAAUCGUUAUUUGUGUAUUAUUGUCACUUUGGUGAAGUAUUUUUUAUAUAAUUUCCAUUUCAUAUUGCUAUGUGUCAAAUUAAACUAUUUAAGGAGGCACUUAAACAUCAGUCUGCUUAAAGUGACAAUUAUAUGUAACAUUCUGUUUAAUGUGGCGAUAGGUGGUAUGUGUGUAAUUGCAUUUUAAUGUGGUUUUUUAUAAAAUCUUCGGUAUAAUAAAUUAUUUAGAAACAGUAAAUUUUACACUUGCUUAAAGUGACAGUUUAAAGUGUUCAUUUCAUUUUAAAGUGACCACUUUAAAUUGUCAUUACGUAUGUUAAAGUGGCAUUUUUCGUACAAUUUUCACUUUGUGCGUCAUAAUUAAUUAAUUAAAUAUGCAAUUCAAUACUAACACCCGUUUAAAGUGCCAGCUAUAUGUGAUCGGUAUUGUAAUUGUUUAGUAACUUUUUCUAUAUUUACACUUUAAAUUGCCCAACAAGUAAAAGUUUAAAAAGUGCUACAGUACGAAUUUAAAGUGCCAUUUUGUCUGAAAUGCCACUUUGGAAUGGAAUAACAUAAUUGUAUAAUAUAAAGUGCCACAAAUUGCAUUUUAAAGCGGCAACUAACCACCAGUCGAUUAUAACGAACAAAAAAACGCAGCCACUGCAAAUAGCAAAUAAAACGAAGCACAUCAAGUGGGCGGAUGAGGCAAGGCCUCUCACAUAAUAACUUCGUCGAUUUUUUAACCCCAUAUUCAAAUGGGCCGCGCUCAUCACACCGCAAAAAUAAUGGUUGUAGAUUGUGUACAGAGCUUUAUACGCAACAACCGCGCCGCUUAUACUUCACGGCAGACAUGGCUUAGGCACAAAAGAAGUCAUGGUUUUGAUAUGUAUCGCACUGACAUGUAUAUCAGUCGGCGCGAUUGACAGUCUCAAAUGGGUGAACGGUAGCCACACAAUUGCUAAACGUGUUGAAAUAAGAAAAAGGCUUCAUUUCCAUACCAUUUACUAUGAUGGAUUUCGGUCAUUAGCGUUAGUACGGUGUUUCGCUGGCGAGCGUAAGCUGGUCGACAAUAGAAACGUAAAAUAUCGAUCUCGAUCUCGAGCAAAAAUGUUUACGAAAAAAAAGUUAAGUUAGUUUGAUCUAGACAUAGUGCAGCUUUGUGACCUUCCUGCCAGACUAUAGAUACAUUCAUUCGAAUGCUUCGACCUAAGUUUUGGAAACCUUUUCAUUUUUUUUUUUUGGACUAGAAAGUGAUGAAAUUUUUUGUAGGUACACGAAAUAUUCCGUCUAGAAAAAAGUCUGAGUGCAGAGAAUGCCAUUCCCCUUGGACUUAUCAUUUUGAGGAUUUCAAAAAUUUUUUAGUUGUUUCAUGUAUUUAUGGGCUAUUGAUUAUAUCCAAAAAAACAGGAAUUAUGACGUUCAAGCAAUUAUUGCAAAGGGUCAUUUUAGAUGAAAAUACCGCGGAGUACUAUUAAAAUAGAGGGUGGAAAUUGGAGAGAGGGGUAAAAAUGCGCCCCUUUCAGUUUUUUAAUUGUAUCUCGAAA